UGUCGAGUCCAUGACAGACGGGACCUUAUACGUGCGGGGGCCGCCGGUCAUAGGCAGCCACACAGGCUCGUUCAUGUAACCCUUCUCGUCUGGAGCAGUGAAAACCUAGACGGAGCCAGUCUCUCCUCCCGACCUCCUCCAAUCCCCACCUCCUCUUCCGUCCUCCAAUCAUCCCUCUCCAUCCUCCUCCCCCAACCCGUGCCGCCGCCUCUACUCCGACCUCGACGAGCGGCGAGCAGGCGGAGCCAUAGGGGACGACCACGGUGGCGUGCGAGAGGAGGCGCCGCAGCAACGCAUCCUGGAGGGGGCCCGGCCGUGUGGAGGUUGCCCAGUGGUGCAGGGCUCGAGAUCUCCUUCUCCGGAGGCGGCGAAUCGUCCACUGCUGCCCGGGGCUCGAGAUCUCCGUCGGCGGCGGGGAUGGUGACCGGAUGCGAGAAGAGCCCCUUCUGGUGCUACCGGACCUGCAACGGUGGUGGCAGAGUAGAGAAACAAAUUAUUCCCGCAUGUCCCGGGCCGUGAAGAGGAGACGGGAGGAGGCGCGUGGGAGGAUACACUGCAGGACCGCGUCUCGGAGGAGGGCGAUGGGGCUAGACAGGACGGCCGCGAUGGACGGCGAGAGGAGGAAGUUGGCGGCGCGCCGGUGGAGUCGGCAACGCGGAGGGCGGCGGCGCGUCGCCACAGCCGGCUGCUGCGUUUCGGCGGCGGAUGCAACCAGGCGUGCCCAGGAUCGUCCAGGAUUCGCCCCACCCGCGCGAGACAUCCAUUCCUCCCCUUGCUGCGCGGCUCAGGAAUUCGCCUCCGCCCAGUCGCUCGCCUCCAAUGGUGCGCUCGUGGUGGUCCGUCUCCACCGGUUCUUGGAGGAGAUGAUCGUUCUUUCCUCCUCACCCUUCUCCUUGUGGGUAAGCCCCAAUCCCUCCCCUCUCUCUGAGAUUCACGAAUCUGGAGGAGGUCACCAGGAUGUGCUUCUCGGCGAGGAGACCUCCGGGAGUGGCCAGGAGGGUCUAGCGGCGUCCGGCAUACGUGCCUCAUCGGCGCCAACGCGGCCACUGCAGCUCACGUGGAGCAGCGGGAGGGUCUUGCUGCCAGGAGCUCAAUCUCACCCUCCUCUAUUUGAACAACGCCUACUCCACAUCCAGGCCUCUCUUUCAGGUUCACUCUUUAUCUCCCUCUUCUGCAGCUCUGUACAGAGGAACGUAGUUGUGGAAAAAGCACUACCACUUGGUGUCACAACCGUCAGCAAAAUUUGGAUUCAUGAAAAUGACUCUUGGAGAAGGGUUUGUGCUAGAUUUUUAUCCAUUGAUGUAGUCUCAGCAUUGGAAGAUGCAGAGGAAAUCCUGAGGGCAGUAGAAUACAUCUCCAAACAUGAUAAAAUGAUCUUGAUUCGGCUGAUGUGGUGCGAUGGUGGCGUGGGACACAUGUUGUGAAUGCUUUCCUAAUCUUGAUUUCAAAGGCUCCCAGCAGGCCCUUUCCAUUGAGAAUGACCACAUUCACGACAUGUUCAGUCAUAGGAUGGCAGCUUGCAGGAGGAACUCUCAAAUGUCCGGGGCUCCACAAUAUUCUCCCCGCAGCAGCACUCAUGCGGUGGCUCAAGUGAUGCCCAUACCGGGUAUUUCCUCUGUAGAGAUCUCUUUAAUCUGGAGUGCUAGAAAGUAGCCUGCCGCAACUAAAUAUGGUUCCAGGACCACUUGAUCAGGACUGGUCUGGGAAUCAAUGCGUGGGUACCAAUUAAUACAUCCUCGUGAUGAAAUAUUUAUUAGCCUAUAAGAACACCACCUCAUAGUUAAUUCUCUCUGUUACUUUUGUAUUAGUUUGUUUUCCUGAAGUUGAAUUUUGACCAACUCUAUCUUGUCUAUGAUGAUCCAGUUGCCUGAGUUCAGGCUAAAUCUCCCAGUUGCUGGUGAAGUCAACAUCAAUGUAUCAUUCUCUACGAAAUUCGAUUAUAGUAGCUCAAUGAAAAUGGAAAGGGAAAGGAAAAAAUACCAUUGGCUUAUCGAAUGAAGUAGCGCUGACUUUGUGUGAUAGGACUCUACAAACUUUGACUUUGCUUGAUAAAUGAUGGCAAGUUCUUAAUCAUCUGGCUACUAGCACUGAAGAAUUUAUGGGAACAAUGGUUAUCUGAUGGAAUCGUGCAAUUAUGGCCUUAGGCCAAUGCGAGCUGCUGUUGGAGGAAAGAAGAGAAGAAAUAAUUAUCAAGAAGAUCAAGGUAACUUUUCGCGGAGGGGUGCCAUUCCGAAUAUUGGUGUGCUGCAGACUCGGUAAAUGACUUCAACAUGGCAUGAAAUACAUGGUGCCGGUGGGUGCAGUGAUGGCCAAGGCGAUUCCAGUAAGGAAGGAGGACAUGCUGAGGAAGAAUCGGCAGCAGGUACAACUAGAGUCGCCAUGGAGAAGGAGUACUUAACGGGAGCGAGCUAGGUGGAGGCGUGAAUUGAGCGAAGGCUGGCGGCGCGGAAGCGAGCGUGGGUCACGGGCGCAGCUAAGCGGUCACCAGCGUCUGAGUUGUGGUCGCAUAUUCAAAUUUGAUGUCGUUUUAGCGCUUUGCUUCUGAAUAUCAGCACAGGGACUGACAUUCAGGGUUUCAGGGAUUCAGAGAGCCGAUACUUUAGCCAGGACGGCAGUGAGUGCAUGACGGUGGCCUCAGCUGAUGGACGACGGUGACCGCCGAGCGAUCGGCAGCAGGUAACAAGAGCAAAGGCUGCUGCUCAUUGUUGGGUUCCAGGACUAGGAAGGAACACUGAAGCUUAUACGUUUUAAAGGAUCAGUUUUGGUGUUCCAUCUUCUCUAUCAAAGCCAUAGGGCUUGAACCCGCUGCUCCGCUCUAAUAUGGCAGCAGCUGGGAGUUGGUGACAGAGCAGGUUUGGACGGGGCUACCUUAUCCUGUUUUUUUGGUUUAACCCAUUUGCCUUAUUUAUAUGUACUUUAGCUCCCCAGUUAUAUUAGCUAUUUAGCUUAGACACCAUCAGAGUAUUUGUUAAAUAUGGUCCAAGUGUUAUUUGUUAAAUGCUUCUACUGCCAGUUGUCUUCCUCAAACAAUGCAGCAUACAUGUAAUAUUCAGAAAAAGAGUAGAAUGAAACAUAUUAUUGUAAUAUGAGCUAUUUACUAUGGUGCUACCUUUUAAUUCUAUCCUUUGUGUUGUAUGCCA